UCGGUACAGUUUUCUGCCACUGGGCACAGCAAAGUCAGCCAUCAAGCACCAUCUCAUAAACCCCUUGUUAAGACUUUUGUUUGCAACAGAUGCACACUGAUUUUUAAAUCAAAAGUGUACCUCUUCGAGCAUCUCAACAAUGUGCAUGGCUUGGAUGUUAACGCUGCUCUUAGAGGUGCUGGCUUGAAAUAUGCAGAGUGUAACAAAGCCUGUGUGGACAACAACAACGGGAGCCCGGAAAAACUUUUUAAAUGUCGCCAAUGUGAUUUUAAAACUUGUGAUCAAGAUGUUUUCAGUAAACACAAGAAAGACUGUAAGAAAAUGGAAAAUUCCAACCUGGUUGGAAGUUUAGCCAUCCCUGAAAUCCCAGAUGAUAAAGUAACUGUAAAUUCAAAUAAUCAGCAAGAUGGAGCUGCAGAAGCAGAGGAGAUGCCCUCGGCCCUUUCUGCUACGUCUACCUCAGAAACCAAAUGUAUGCCUAACUCAAAAGAUAUCAAAACGUACCAGAGGCCAUCGCAAACCAUCACCAAGUACUUCUUCCCAGCUCCUAGAUCAAAUGACACACCCCAUACAAAGUCCGUAAAUGACAGCAAAAUUAAUCCGAUUGUCAACGACAGCGCCACAAGCUCCGAAUCUGAAGAUAGUGAGUGUGCGACUCCCUGCAAGGUCACUGCAAACUCCAGGAUUGAUAUGGCUCCUAAAAAGAAUGAUGUUUUUUUGCAAAAUGUCCCCCUGGCUGUAGAACUGACACCAAGGCCUCAAGAACAAAUCAUAGGAAUUCAUAAUGACCUUGGUAAAAGGAAAAGAAAGGAAAGUUCAGAAGGUCCUUGUGCUAAACAAGUUAAAACUGGAGAAGACAAGACAGAGCCUGCAGGGGGGGGGAGCCUGAUUAAACAACCUUCAUCCAACACAGACUUUUCCUUUGAAGUCAGUGAGGAUGAGGAGGAGAAGAAGGUUAAUCUUGUUUAUGGAAACCAACCUGUCCCAAAAUUGUAUCACUGUAAGCACUGUGAUUACAGCAAUGUGAGCUUUAGAUAUAUGUCUUCUCAUUAUCGAAACUAUCAUCCUUACAUAAGAUACAAAGCAGAUUACAUUCACAAUUCAAAAGAUCAGAGUGCAACGUUUCGCUGCCUGGAAUGUCCCAUCGAGUUUUCAAGCGCAGUUGACCUGAGGUGGCAUUACAUGGAAAAGCAUCCAGAGGCACCAGAUGUAUUUAAAAUGAAAUUAAGUGAGCUCAGCUUGGCUUUUAAAUGUUUUCAGUGUCCAUUCAUCACCAAUGACUUGAAGGGCUUGAUCCAACAUUACAAGGAGAGGCAUCCUGUUCACAAAAUGGACAAUGCUUUGUUGUUUUUGAAGUAUUCUGUGACUGAAUUCCAGAGAGAGUCGGAUGAACCUGUAAAUUGUAAGAAGCUGCCAUUACCAGAAAGUUCAGGAGAGAUUUCUGUAGAGAGGGCCAGAAGUGCACUUUCACCCAGAGGUCUCAUCUCCAAAGGACCAGAGGUGGCUUUGCAUAAAUGCAACAAAUGUGAGUUUAUGCACAAGUCAGUAAUAGCAAUGCAUGUUCACUACCAAAACAAACACCCAGAUGAAGAAAUGACAAUCGCCAAAAUUAAACAGUUACCUCUUGUCCUGUCAUUGCCAACAUCAAAGAUGACACCUGAAAAAGAGUCUUCAACGGACACAAAAGACAACGCUGAGCAUCUUAAACAAAAAAAAAAUUACAUUUGUGCACCAAGGCACGUACCAGAAGCUUCCAGAAAUCUUUCAACGUCUCCCAAAGCUCUGAAUGUGGCAUCUGUGGAAGAUGAAAACAAAAACGUGCCAGCCACACCUCCAAAGGAAACAGCUGCCGGAGCUGACCAUGUGACCAGUAAAUCACCAAAGGAAGUUUUUUAUUGCCAGUUUUGCAAUUACACAAGUAUAAAUAUCAAAGCUGUUGUCGCUCAUCAGUGUGCGAAACAUUCCAAGAACACCACAGCAAUAGACGUCUGCAUGUACAGUGCUAAGGCACAUAAACAAUAUGGAGAACUAAUGAAACGUCAUGAUACAGAAAUUAAACACGACUCUGCCAAUCUCCCUCUGACAAAGUCGAGUCUAUACGAACAUCCAGAAAAAUUAUUUUUCUGCCAGAUGUGCAAUUUUGCAAAUCCGACUGUGAAAGGCAUAAUUAAUCAUCAAGGCAACAAGCACAGAUGCAUAAAAUCCAGCUCGCAGAUGGUGCUCGAACACACAGAAUUGGUCCGUGAUCAAAUACAGAAAGCCAAAUCUCGUGGAAAGGGUUCCUCAUCGUCUUCUAAUCUACCUCCUCCUAUUAUUAGCAAAGGUGAAGAAAAUAUGUUCUUCUGCCACUUAUGCAACUACAGACACAGCACCGUGAAUAGAGUGGCAAGUCACUACUCCAAACAACACCGUGUGUAUGCCGCUAAUGGUCUUAUCCAUAAGUACUCCUCCAUGGUUCACAAAAAAUUGAGUCAGAAGUCACCCCUAAACACAAAUUUUAUCCGCAACGUAAACCGAGACCUCCUGGACCAAUUGGAUGAACCUAAACCCGCUUUGGCUUCAGCUCCAACAUCAGAUGCCUCGCAAGCAAAGAGGAGCUUCCAGUGCUAUAAAUGUAGUUACAGCGCUCCACAUUUAUAUCUUUUUAAUAGACAUUUGUGGAAAGCGCACCAUUCAAACCGCUCAAUCAGUGACGUUUUGAGAAUGUUUUAUCGACAAGGGAUAGUACAGUCAGGGUAUCACUGUAAAUGGUGCAUGUUUAGCCACAAAAAAGCUGAAGAAGUCUUUCAACACUGCCAGAAGGAGCACCCAACGGAAAAGUCAACACUGGAGUCUGUAAGAACUCGGCAAUACGUCGGCCCAGACUCGUUGCCGACAAAAAGGAAGAAACCAAAGUUCAUUCAUAAAGUUGAUGACAGUUUGGGAGGCCAGAGAUCAAGACAAACCGAUUCCCCGAGCGAGAAGAGAGCGAAUGCAAAAUCCCAAGUGGAAGACCUUGACAAGAUGCCGGGAUUAUUCGAAUCUUUUCAAGUGCCUCUCGACAUUACAAAUGAGGCCGCAUCGGAUCGCACAGUGCUGCAGUCUCCUUCCUGCCCUGCCACGUUCAAAUCCCAGAAGAACGUAGAAGAAAAACCAAAAGAACAGCCCCAAGUUCGCGUGCAUGUCUUUAAGUGUCCUUACUGCGCUUAUUUCAAUACCGUAUAUCAGGGAAUUCUCACUCACUGCCAGAUGAAGCAUCCCACCUUGACUCCCAGGGCAGACAGCCUGCAUGUGGACGUCGCACAACGACAAGGUGGGGACGAAUCCAUGAAAAAGAGCGAAAAUGGUGGCAUUGCUAAGUUAAGCGGAUACAUGUGUGAAAGCUGCCCACAAAUCUUUUCAUCGGGGGAUAAACUGAAUAGGCAUUGCAAGCUGCGACAUAAUGUGACUGGGACAAGCCCCCCAAAACCACCAUCCGUUGCGAAAAUAAAUCCAACUGAGGCCAACAGAUUUGUGUCCAAGGCUUCCUUUUUAAGUAAGAAAAUAUAUGGCACUGCCAAGUGCCAACACUGCUCUUACAGUUGCGCCACAAAAGGGGGACUCAGGAAGCACAUGCAUGUGGAGCACAAAAAAGUUGCCUCAAAGGACUGUAUCUGCAAGUGCGUCCUGUGCUCCAAAAUGUACUUCAGUAAAAGUCGACUUGGACUUCACUAUGCCAAGACACAUGGAAAAAGUGCUUAUUUGAAAUACUAUUUGCCAAUAUACAAAAAGGGUCCCAAAACGUCAGCACCCAGCGAGCAUCCAAUGAACGACUCGACAGAUAGCAACACAAUAUUGAUAUACAAGUGUCCAAGCUGUUCGUAUGUGAACGCCAGCUACCACGGAACGCUCACCCACUGCCAAAUGAAGCACCCGAAAGUUAUAGUGAGGGCGGACAAACUCGAAACGGGAGAGAUACGCCGUGCCAAUUUGGUCAGGUGCUCCCUGGGGAGAGCGUCAAACGAAAGGGGAUACAAAUGUGAAAUAUGUCCACAAGUCCACCCCUCACUGAUGAAACUGAAGAGCCAUGUCCAGCAGGAGCAUGGAAAGGCAGCGGUCUCCACGGUUCCUGCUGAAACGGAAACUAAACAGCUUGUUGAAUGUUUGCAGGCGUCGUCAGGGGAAGCAGAGUCCCUACAAAACAAACCGCCAAAGGCAAGCCUCACGGAAACCACUCCGCACACGCAGACCCCUCAGGAAAAGAUUUUGUACGAGUGUCAGAUCUGUCCCUACAAAGUAUUUCUGCGGAAAUACCUGCGUAAUCAUUACAAAUCAACGCACAAGUUAGAUACAGUGCUGACGUACAAGCUGUUGGAGAAAUACAACAUGCGCAAGCGGAACUACCUGCUUCAGUUUAUUGGAAAUGACAAAAGUGGAGACGUCAGAUGUAAGGAGUGUCCGGACGCAACUUUCAGCAACUGCCAGUUGCUGAUUGAGCAUUACAGUAACUUUCAUUGCAAACCAGACUUCACGGUGAUCUCGCUUGGAAAAAAGAAGAAUAGCACAGGGAUUUAUAGUUGCAAGCACUGUGGAACAUGUCUGUAUGGAACCAGAAAUCUGCGCCGACACCUCGAUCGCCAUAGGUCAAGAGCAAUGGAGAUGGCAAAGGCGGCACUCGGUACCAACUCAGAGGCAAAAUCCAGCCAAGUCAAGAAGCUAAAUGAAGUGCCCACAUUUAAAAGCCUGGUGAAGCUCACCGAGGGGAAAAUGACACCAGCGGACACCAUCACUCUGCCAUCAAGUCCUCAGCCGUCGCCUCAAGACACAGAUGCCGUGAAAUCGGAGGCAGAAGACAACGACGAGGGCCACACUUGUAAACUGUGCAAGAGGGUAUUCAAGUCACUGACCAGUCUGCGUUCACAUGAGCGGAGCCACGCAGCCCUGGCAGCCAUCAAGAAGCUGGACAGUCUGCCCAUGUUUGGUUUGAAGCAUAACAUCAACAAGUAUGUCCUCCAUGAAGCUGGGGUUCAAAAGCCUUUCCUGUGCAGCUGCUGCUCUUAUCGGACAACUCAUAUGGGUUUUUGGAGGUCUCACUUUCUGAAAAAGCAUCAAGAUGUCAUUCAGAGGGACAGCGCUGAAGUCAACAGUGAAGGGGAGACCCCUCAGAGGGUCGACGUUGAGCCCUCAGAUUCAUCAGAGAAGAUUCAUUCUUCGACUGAACUGGAUGAGGAAACCGAAAGGAAGUCGCCGUAUUCGGAGCCCCCAGAUGUGCAGCGGCAGCUGAAUCACUACAACCUGAUUUCACAGAGUAACGGCAAGCCUCAUGAGAACACGGCACUAUCUGGGGGCCGUAAAGCGGGUCUGCUUCACUGUGAGAUCUGCAACUUCAGCAGUGAACACCUAUCCAGCAUCCGACGGCACUACAUGAAACGGCACGAGAGGAAGAUGGUCAAGUGUAAAGACUGCAGCUUUUUCUCCGGUUUACAGAAAACGCUGGAGGUGCACAUGAAGACGGGCCACUCCAUCUCUCAGUCGGGGCCUACUUAUGAGAAGGACUUCGGCUGCCCCUUCUGUCUUUACCAAACCAAGAAUAAGAACAACAUGAUAGAUCACAUCGUCUUACACCGUGAGGAACGCCUCGUGCCAAUACAGGUCUGUCGGCCCAAGCUGUCGCGAUACCUUCGAGGCCUUGUCUUUCGCUGUCACAAAUGCACUUUUACCACCGGAAGUGCGGAAAAACUGCGCGUGCAUGUGAGGAAGCACGAGGACAUCAAACCAUACAAGUGCCGACUGUGCUACUUCGACUGCAGUCGGCUGUGCGACUUGGAAGAACACCUGAGUAAUAAGCAUCAGGUCUUGAGGAACCAUAAGCUUGUGGGCCAGGUGUGUCUCAAUAAGCUAGAAGCCAGGCCUGAUGUUUCUGAAGAGGAAGAGGAGCGCAUCGACAACAAAGAGGACGGUGCAAACGAGGAACACGUCAUGGACUGCGAUGACGGUUUGGAAGUAAAGAACCUGGCCGAGCGUGAGAGGGAAGGACAGGGUGAACACGAGGAAUGCCCGGCUAAGGGCGCAGCUUCAGGUAUUCAGAAGGAUGACCGCGCAGAGCAGAAGCAACACCCACAAACGCAGACAGAGACUGAACCCGCAAACCAACCAGAUGCUGAAUGCGAGAACCGCAGCGGUGCAGAGGAGGAGCAGCAGACCAGCAGGAACCAGGACAAAUCUGGAGAGCAACAAAAGCGAAAGGCAAUGAAGGGGAGCUCCACAACGUAUUUCAAAGUGAACGAGAGCUCUCAUGCCCACAUGCAAGGUGGUCAGAUCCUUCAGCAGCAGGCGCCGAACAUUGUCAAAAUUACAGAAGAUGACAGCAAGCAACAGGUGUCCUCGCCGGUGGAGGACAGCAGCGAGCACCGGACACAUAAAGGGGCAGAUAAGGAGAGGACGGUUCGAAUGGAGCCGGACAUUGAGGCUAUGAGCCAUAACCAUUCGCCAGGGAAAGGGGACACAAUCACUUUGGACCAAAACCCAAAACAUCAAACCGACACAAACUCAACUUCAGCUGUGUCAAAGCUGCAAAACCACACAAGGGCUAAAGGGCAUUUCACAUUUGAGAGGCAUUUACUGACGCUUCCACCAAAUGUUCAGCUCAAGUUAGUCCAUGAAGGCAGCAGUCAGGGAAAACAGAACUGGGGAGGGGCACCAGAGCCUUACGGUGAAAUGCCAGUACUUGAGAAUGAACAUUUCAAGGAGAAACUGAACAGUACCGUAACCUUCAAAGUGGAAGAGGAGACCGGUCAACUGGAACGGAAGCAGGUCAGAGAAGAUGAGACGGUCGUAGAGAACAAGGGGAGCCCAUACACUGAUCAGGAUACUCAUUCCAUACCAUCUACUAAAGGUGUUCCCACAGAUGGAACCGCUGGAGGCCCACGGUCCGUUGGAGGAAUGACAGCUGUGAAUAAAUCAUCAGAGGAUGGAGGUUCCUACUCUUCGAAGGUCAUCGGCAUUGUGUUUAUCGUCCUGCUUCUGGACCUGCUUGGAUUUACUCUGAUUCUACCUCUGCUGCCUUCAAUUUUGGACUAUUAUGCACAAACAGGGGAUGUCGUGUAUCAGUCCCUGCAGACCGUGGUGGACUGCUUCAGGGAGGUUGUUGGAAUACCUAUGGAGAAGAAGUACCACACUGUGCUGUUUGGAGGUCUGAUUGGAUCGCUCUUCUCUUUGCUGCAGUUCCUGGCAUCGCCUGUGACCGGCGCUCUGUCAGACCGCUACGGCAGACGACCGCUGCUCAUUCUCACCACAUUGGGGGUGAUGUUUUCCUAUGCGGUCUGGGCUGUUUCCCGGAGCUUCAGCAUGUUCCUUUUGUUCCGGGUAAUUGGGGGCAUUUGUAGGGGCAACGUGAGCCUCUGCACCGCCAUCAUAGCUGACUUGCCCUGUCCAAAAGCACGGAACAGAGGAAUGGUAAUGAUAGGUGUUGCCUUUUCUUUGGGAUUCACCUUCGGACCUCUCAUGGGUGCCUUCUUAACAAUUGGAUCCAAAACAACGGAUAAUGUUUUCUACCAAAUCCCAGCCCUGCUGGCCCUGGUCUUCAGCGCUGCCGACCUGCUCUUCAUCUGCCUCGUGCUCCCAGAGACCUUAACCGACGACUCUAAGGCUUCAUCUUCUGGGUGCACAGACUCCCGUGACCUCCUCAACCCGCUGGCUUUGUUUAAUUUCGCAGCUGUCACCAGAACCAAAGACCCACCAUCAGAAGAAAAAAUGCAGAAGCUCCAGCUGCUGGGCCUGGUUUAUUUCUGCUACCUCUUCCUGUUCUCUGGGCUGGAGUUUACUCUGAGUUUUCUGACUCACCAGCGCUUUCAGUUUACAAGCAUGCAGCAAGGAAAGAUGUUUUUAUUCAUUGGUGUUAUCAUGGCUUUGAUCCAGGGGGGUUAUGCUCGAAGAAUCAAACCUGGGAAACACAUCCAGACUGUUCGAAUGGCGAUCCUAGCACUGAUCCCGGCAUUUCUCCUCGUUGGGUUCUCCUGGAACAUAGCGAUGCUUUACUCUGGCUUGGGACUAUACGCAUAUGCGGCCGCCCUGGUGGUGCCCUGCCUGUCCACAGUGGUUUCAGACCAUGGCUCGGCCAAUCAGAAAGGCACCGUGAUGGGAAUCCUGCGUAGCUUAGGCUGUCUGGCCAGAGCACUCGGACCGGUCGUGUCGUCUUCAGUUUACUGGAUAGCAGGAGCUCAAACCUGUUAUCUCAUCACAUCGGCCUGUUUUGUGGUACCUGUUGUGCUCCUGAGCAAAAUCAGGAGGUCAAAAGAGGAAUGAGGGGCAUGGAGAGUUGAGAAGACUUUAAAAAAGGCCUCUGAAGCCUGUGUGAAUUUUGUAAUGUUUACAUCUUCUGGAAGAGGACGCACUGAUCCCGUUUUCACUCAGUAGUGAUGAAGUGUUUUUUUCUGUGCUGUUGGCCAAAGGUAAUCAUAUAAGAAGACAAUCUACAUGCCAAAACAAAAGGACUUGGUACGGAAGAGUUUAUUCUUCAAAUAAGAAAUGCACAGAUAUGAUGCUGUUUAUGUGGACAUGUAGACCUGUAUGUAUUACACAGUGGAU